GCGUCAGUUCAAAAACGUAAACAAACCAGCCCCUGACAUCACAGCGUCCUCAAUGGCGGGCAACUUCACCAAAAGCUGGUCCUUUUUCGGCCCCAGGAGACCGCACAGCGACGAGUACCUCGGCCAGCACUAUCAGCCAGGCACGCCCUCGAGUCGCAUCAACCUGCAGCAGCGUUUCGGAGACCAGGGCGCCCAAAGUCGACCUUGGAGGAGAGGACCUUUACCGCCGCCUCCGCCCACACGACCCGGCGGGCAUUCAAUCUCUGUAUAUGACAGAUUAGGAGAAAGACAAAUCCCUCGCUUUGCUAGUUUUGAUUUCAAUCGACUAGGCGGGAUUCAUAGUCACUAUGCCAACGUAGAGGAGUAUAAACCAACCAAUGAUGGCAACACAAAAGACGGCAAAUCUCCACGUGCCUCCACGCUUCCCAGGCGUCCCCUCAGAGAUUUGUCUUUCUUGAAUAGUCUGCAAGAUAAUGUUUCACAGUUGAAGCCACAGACAAGUAAAUUGCUUCAAGAGAGCGGGAAGAAGAUGAACAAAGCAAUUCAGGGCGUGAGGACUUCCUUAUCUUCUUUUACACAGUUGUUCCGCAGUUCAACACGACGUCGUUACAAACUGGAUGGGGGAACGCCAACACGCACUCCUCGGCGUACCCCAAAUCGUCCGCAAAGGCAAACUCCCGGUAAAUUGUAUUCUCCCUUUGACGUCAGUAACCACCACCGGGACACCUCCAACCAUGCUUUCACAGAGGACCAAAGCGUUUACAAGUAG